UCCAGAAACACCGCUUGUUUGUAGGGGGACUCAUAAUACGGCUGGACGCAAUGUUGUCCCUCAGGUGACAGACGUGUUUUUAAGGGAUGUGUGAAGCACAAAAGAAGGACCUGUAUGCUGUCCUGGGAGCCAGCCCCUCAGACUCAGUCCAGCAGCUCAGACACAGAUACCAGCAGCUGGCCUUACAGUACCACCCAGACCGUCUCAGGGGUGAGUGUUCUUCAGAGGCUGAGGCUGGUGUAAAGAAGUUUCUGGAAGUUGAUGCAGCCUGGAGGAUCCUCAGCGACGAGGACACCAGGAGACAGUAUGACCUGCAGAGGAGAGCCCAGGAAUUGAAACAGGAUUGGCCUGUAGACUCUACAGUCCAUCUGGAGGACAUGACCUGGGACCAGGACGAGUGUGUGUACACAUACUGUUGUCGCUGUGGUGGAGGAUUCAGCGUCUCAGAGGAGGAGGUGGAGGAGGAGGAGACGCAGAAGAGGCAGCAGGAUGAGGAGGCGGAGGAAACGGUUGAGGGGCAGCACAGAGGAGUGGUUGUCUGCUGUGAUACAUGUUCCCUCAGUGUGUACGUCACAUGGUCAUCACAUAGAAUGACUCCAACGUCAAAGAGACACAAAUAAGUGAACUGUGUAACUGUUCAACCUCACAGAUUUCAUGUUCACGGGGCACCAAUAAAACAGC